CUGCAGCAGGGACUCACCGGCCAGCUUUGCUUGAACCCCAGCAGGCGCUCUCCUGUCCAACUCGCCCCACCAAGGGAUCGACAUGGUGGCCACCUGCCUGCACCUGGCUGGAUUUGUCUGCAGUUUUAUAGGGUGGAUCGGGGUGGUUGUGGCAACGGCCACCAAUGACUGGGUGGUGACUUGUGGCUACACCAUUACCACCUGCAGGAAAAUGGAUGAGCUGGGAUCCAAGGGGCUGUGGGCAGACUGUGUCAUGGCGACUGGUCUCUAUCACUGCAAACCUCUCGUGGACAUCCUCAUACUGCCAGGGUAUGUCCAAGCAUGUCGAGCACUGAUGAUCGCUGCCUCUGUCCUGGGUCUUCCUGCCAUCUUCUUGCUGAUAACAGUCUUGCCCUGCAUUCGGAUGGGCCACGAGCCUGGAGCUGCCAAGUACCGGAGGUCCCAGCUGGGAGGGAUCCUCAUCAUCCUCCUGGCCAUGUGCGGUGUCGUUGCGACGAUCUGGUUUCCCGUGUGUGCCCACCGCGAGACCACCAUUAUGAGCUUCGGAUACUCCCUGUACACAGGCUGGAUUGGCUCUGCCCUCUGCCUCUUCGGCGGCUGCGUCAUUGUCUGCUGCUCGGGAGAUGCCCAGACAUUCGGUGAAAACCGCUUCUACUACGCCUCAGGAUCCAGCUCCCCUACCCACGCGAAGAGCGCUCAUGUGUAAGCAUCCUGGGGAUGCCCCAUGGCUGCUGUCGGAUCCUUUGGCUGGUGGGUUUGUGUGCCCUGGGUUUGCUUCUACUGACACACAUCGCUGUCAGGCUCCCAGGGUGAGGUUUAGAAAAGCAGCACAAAUGUCUGGUAGUUUGA